AUGUGGAGACAAGUAAUAGCCAGAUUUGGGGUCCCGGAGGUCAUCAUCUUGGACAAUGGGACACAAUUUGACGAUAAGAAAUUCGAAGAUUUCCUCGCCGGCUUGGGCAUAAGGCAGAAACUUUUGUCUGUUGAGCACCCCCAAACCAAUGGCCAAGUCGAAGCUGCGAACAAGGUCAUCCUACAAGGCCUCAAGAAGCGACUUGACCAAAAGAAGGGAGUAUGGGCAAACGAGUUAGCCUCUCUGGUCCUACUGCACAACUCAGCAGUCAUCUACCAGGGAGACGCCUUUCCGGCUCACCUACGGGGUGGAUGCGGUAAUACCCGUGGAGAUCGGGGAACUGAGCCCACGACUACUUUUGGGAGGAGUCGAAGAAGUCGUGGAAAAGGACUUAGUGGAUGA